GGUCUUAAAAAUCACCAAAAUCACCCAAACGCCUCCACCCGACGCCACCCAAACACCGAACACGCGCCAAAAAUCACCAAAAAUAAAAACAAACCUCAAAAAAAUCCCCCAGACACCACAAAACAGGGGAAACAGGGUGAAAUCGAGCAGCUGUGGCAGGGUUGAGGAGGGGCAGGGGAGACUGUGGCAUUUAAAAGGUGUGUUUGGAGGGCCCUGUAUUACCCUGCCGUGCCCUGCCGUGCCCUGCCGUGCGCAUUAUAGGCCUAUACAAGACCCUGCCAGCCCUAGAGAAGCCGUGAGAGAGGUUAACCAAUGGAGGAGGGGGAAGGCUUGACCGAGGGGGGUGCUGGAGGGGUAGGAGGGGGAGGCACCACCACCCCCGCCGCCCCCCGCCCCCCCACCCCGCCCCCCCCAACGGCCCACGCCAUCAGGGAGAAUCUUGCCAACCUCCUGGAGCUGAAGAAGGCCCAUGCAGAGAGGCUGACCAAGAUCGAGGAGGAGCUGGCCCGCCUUCACAGAUACAAGAAGGACUACGAACAUCUGUAUAAACGCCUGAAGUCUUUGCCCGACAAGACCCAGCAUGAGGUGAUGGUGCCGCUGGGUCGCCUGGCGCUGGUGCCGGGCCAACUUGUACACACCAACGAGGUCCUGGUGCUGCUGGGGGACAACUGGUUUGCCGAGCGCAGCGCAAGACAGGCCACGGAGAUUGUGCGACGCAGGAUCAAAGACUGCGAGGACAAAAUUCGCAGCGCCGAGAACAACCGUCGGAUCCACACAAGCUGGCUGGCGGAGGCGGAUGAGCUGCUGGCGGGUGAGGAGGGCGGCCGCGUGGAGAUACUGGAGGAGGUGACGGAGGACGAGUACCAGAAGAGCAAGGAGGAACACCGGCGUCGCGUGGCAGAGGAGUACACACGGUUGAGGGAGGCGGCCCCCAAGAACCCCACCCCCCAGGACCGCGCCCCCUCCCCCAACAGCCCCCCAUCACCCCCGCCAGCCCCGGACCCAUUCCUGGAGGGGCUGGGGGAGGGGGAGCGCCAGAACUACGAGGAGUUGAUGAGGCGACUCGACCAACUGGAGCUGGAGGAGAUGGGGGAGGCAAUCAAACCCUUGGACGAGGUAGACGAAGAAGAAGAGGAAGAUGAUGAGGAAGACGAAGGCAUAUACAACAAAGACGAGGAGGAGGAAGAAGAGGAAGAGGAGGAGGAAGCGGAAGGGGAGGAGAAGGACGAGGAGCGGCAGCAGAUCAUCCCGUCGACCAAGACCAAGACCAAGCGCACCAAGUUCCGCCGGAGACUGCACAGCGCGGAGGAGCCUGGCGGGGACGUGGGGAAGGGCGGGAACGGGUCAGCGAGGGCGUGGCGGAGGGGGUUCGGGGGGGUGACAACCAGCAUGGACAACACCACCGACACGGACAGCGACAUCGAGAGGAGUGACGAAGGAGCCGUGGGGGGGCGGGGGCAUCGUCUGCGGCGGCGGGUGAGCUGGGCGGAUGACAUACGACCCCUAUACACGAUUAUCCCGAAUGACGGUAGCGCGGAGGUCCACCGGAUACCCUAUACCAGCACCCCGGAAGUCCCCACACCCCCCUCGGAGGACCCCAUGCCCCCCUUGACCCUCCCCCUGCACGGACUGGCCGGGGCUAUAGCGGAGGGGGGCGAGGGGGGGAUACAGAGCCCCUCGGACCUGUAUAGGGUCUUUGGGGGGCACCAGAAUACUGGGGCCGCCACCCCACCCGUCCCGCACUCCACCUUGGCCCCCGCCACCGCUGUGCCCCUCGCCCCGGACACCCCCCCGCCCCGGAGCAUACUGAAGAAAUCCAAGUCGUUACCGAUGUCAGGUGGCGACAAUGGAGGAGGAGGGGGGGAGGCCACAUCAGGGGAGGAGGGGGGGGUAGGGUGGUGCUGCCCCCCCAAACCCCUGGACCUGGAUGAGGAGGAGGAGGGGAAGGGAGGGGACGGAGGGAAGAGCCCCACCCCCCCGCCGCCCCCCUCACCCCCCCCUAAGCGCGCCCACUCGUUCAAGACGGUGAGUGUCUGCUGCUCUCUCUCUUUCUCUCGCUCUCGCUCUAUUUUCUCUCGCUCGGAAUCGUCGUCUUCGUCGUCGAGGUCAUCGCGUCGUCGUCGGUGCCGCACGCGUUCCUGCCUCCUCGUCUUUAUCAUCAUCUUCCUCCUCUUCCUCCUCUCCUCCAUCCUCGUCCUCCUCUUCCUACAUUUCUACCUCCGCCCAGUCAGGUGACCUCCGCCUCUCUCUCUCUAUCUCUCUCUCUAUCUCUGUUUUUCUCUCCUUUCUGUUUUAUUUCCCAUUAUUUCUUUUAUUAUGUUUUCUGUUAUUUCCUUUUCAUUUUAUUUCCUCCUUCCUUUUUCUUCCCUUAUUUCCUCUUUUUUUCCUCCCUAUUUUAUUUCCCAUUAUUUCUUUUAUUAUGUUUUCUGUUAUUUCCUUCUUUUCACUUAUUUCCUCCUUUCUUUUCCUCCUCAUUUUAUUCCCUGUUAUUUCCUUCUUUUUCUUUCCUUUUCCUUUAUUUUCCUUAUUCAUUUUAUUUCCUCCUUCCUUUUCCUUUCUUUAUUUCCUCUUUUCUUCCCCAAUUUUAUCUCUUUAUUUCCUUCUUUUUUUGCCUUUUGUUUCCCCUCCUUCGUUGUUUCCCAUUUUCACUCCUUCCUCCGUUUUCUUUCCCCGUUUUCGUCCACCUUUUCCCCCCCAUUCCGUUUUCUUUCCCCCGUUUUCAUCCACUCAUUCCCCCCCCUUCCGUUUUCUUCCCAUUCACCCGUCUCCCAAUUAUCGUACUAUUAUUAUUAUUAUUGUUAUUAUUAUUAUUAUUUUUUGCAUAUAUUUCUCCUUUUAUUGCGAUUCUUCACUGUCUUGUAUUUCUUCAUCCCUUUGUUAUUUUCAGUCCUCUGUCUUUCGUACGUCUUGUUAUUUCUCUUCCGUUCUUCGUCUUUUUUUUAUUUUUUUUUAUUCUGUCGUUCUUUGUCUUCUUGUUAUGUCGUGUCCCUUUUUCCGUUUUGUUAUUUUCCGUCCUUAUCUUUUUUUUAUUCCUUAUUUUCCCUUUUUUUUUCUCCGCUUCGUGUCCGAGUUUUUCGUUAUUUCCAUUCUUUUUUUUAUUUAUUUCUCUUCGUUUUGUUAUUUUUCGUCCUCAUCUUUUUUUUAUUCCUUAUUUUCUCUUUUUUUUUUCUCCUUCGUGUCCUUAUUUUACGUUAUUUCCAUUCUUUUUUUUUUUGCUUAUUUCUGUGUUAUGUCUUAUUUUUCAUCCUUCAUUUAUUCUUUCAUUUAUUUUAUCUUUUUUUUUUCUCCUUCGUGUCUUUAUCGUCGUUCUUUUCCAUCCUCUUUCACUUUUAUUUCCAGCGAUACGCCUUUUAUUUUUUCCUUCUUGCAUCUUUAUUUCAUCUUUUUCUCUUAUUGUCUAUUGUCGUUUUCUCUCUCGUUAUUUUUCCUUUUCCAUUUCCUCGUUUUCGUCUUCCGUUCUUUUCUCUUCUUAUUUUUUCUUUCGCUUUUUUAUAUUGCUUUUUCCUUUUGUUAUUUUCUCUUUCCUUCGUUAUUUUCUUGUUUAUCUGUCAUUCUGUUGUCUUAUUUUUCUCAUUAUUUUUUUUGUUCUAUUUUUGUCAUUUCCUAUUUUUUUCUUUCAUUAUUUUCUCUUUCCUUCAUUAUUUUCUUGUUUAUCUGUCAUUCUGUUAUCUUAUUUUUCUCAUUAUUUUCUUCUUUUUUUCUUUCAUACAUUCUUGUUUUUUUUCUUUAUUUUCUUCUCUUUCUUUUUCCCUUCAUUUCCUGUUGUCUUCCUUUCGUGUAUCAGCUUCAUUAUCUUUCCCCUCUUUCUUCUUCUUGUUCCGUUAUUUUCUCACGCUUUUCUCUCGUUAUUUCCUCUUGUUUCUCCCUUCGUUAUUUUCGUCUUCAUUUCCGUCUUGCUUUUCUUUCAUUUUCAUCCAAUUUUUAUCGUUUUUUCUCUUUUUUCUCGUCAUUUUCUGUAUUUUCCUUCACUACGUAUUUUUAUUUCCUCCAUUUUCUCAUUGUCUCCUUUCAUGUCCUUAUUCAAUUUUCUUUUUCCACUUUCUUCUUCCGUGUCUUGUCUCCUCUUCAUGUCGCGUCACUUAUCAAAAUCUUACGUAAACCUGUCGGCAAAUAAUAAGCGUAAAACAGACGGCCAUUAGCAGCUGAGCAUCACCGUAUGACGUAGGUUCGGUUAAUGGGUGAAUGAGGGAGGUCAAAAUAUAAUGAGUUUACGGACGCUUUGGUUAGGUUACAUACGGCUGUGUUAGGCUAGGCUAGAACUUGGUUAGGUUAGGGUAGGUUAGGUUAAGUUAAAUAAAUGAAUGGCUUUGAUUAGGUUACGUACGGCUGUGUUAGGCUAGGCUAGAACUUGGUUAGGUUAGGGUAGGUUAGGUUAAGUUAAAUAAAUGAAUGGCUUUGAUUAGGUUAUGUAUGGCUGUGUUAGGCUAGGUUAGAACUUGGUUAGGUUAGGGUAGGUUAGGUUAAGUUAAAUAAAUGAAUGGCUUUGAUUAGGUUAUGUAUGGCUGUGUUAGGCUAGGCUAGAACUUGGUUAGGUUAGGGUAGGUUAGGUUAAGUUGAAUAAAUGAAUGGCUUUGAUUAGGUUAUGUACGGCUGUGUUAGGCUAGGUUAGAAUUAGGUUAGGUUAGGUUAGGUUAGGUUAGGUUAGCAUAAUGGGUGAGGCUGAAGAUGGAUUUGUAAUGGAUUGAUGGGGAAGAUUAAUAUAAUGGGUUUUCGAUAGCUUUGGUUAGGUUAUGUACGGCUGUGUUAGGCUAGGCUAGAAUUAGGUUAGGUUAGGUUAGGUUAGGUUAGGUUAGGUUAGGUUAGCAUAAUGAGUGAAGUUGAAGAUGGAUUUGUAAUGGAUUGAUGGGGAAGAUAAAUAUAUUGAGUUUACGGAAGCUUUGGUUAGGUUAUGUACGGCUGUGUUAGGCUAGGCUAGAACUUGGUUAGGUUAGGGUAGGUUAGGUUAAGUUGAAUAAAUGAAUGGCUUUGGUUAGGUUAUGUAUGGCUGUGUUAGGCUAGGCUAGAAUUAGGUUAGGUUAGGUUAGGUUAGGUUAGCAUAAUGGGUGAGGUUGAAGAUGGAUUUGUAAUGGAUUGACGGGGAAGCAAAAUAUAAUGGGUUUUCGAUAGCUUUGGUUAGGUUAUGUACGGCUGUGUUAGGCUAGGCUAGAAUUAGGUUAGGUUAGGAUAGGUUAGGUUAGGUUAGGUUAGGUUAGCAUAAUGGGUGAGGUUGAAGAUGGAUUUGUAAUGGAUUGAUGGGGAAGCUAAAUAUAUUGGAUUUACGAUAGCUUUGGUUAGGUUACAUACGGCUGUGUUAGGCUAGGCUAAAAUUAGGUUAGGUUAGCAUAAUGAUUGAGAUUGAAGAUGGAUUUAUAAUGGAUUAAUGGGGAAAAUAAAUAUAAUAGGUUUACGAUAGCUUUGGAAAUGCCCUAAACUCAUUCGAAAGCCUUGUCAAAUACGUGAACUUGGGCUCCGAAAUGGUUUAAAAUACGACCCUGUGUGCGACCCUUUCAUUUCACACCCAAGACCUCUCGUUCCCGGACUCGCUGGGUUGUCAUGGCCCAGAGUCAGUACAGAGUGGACGGGGGUUUAGGGUAGGCUAGGCUGGCUCUGUAGGGGAAUGUGUGAUAUAUAUGAUAAUUGAUUUGGGGAGGAAAAGGGGGAAUUAGGGAAAGGGGAAACAUCCGAAGUCUUCCAAAGAGAGUAUUGAUUUACCUAUUGGUCGGCUGCUUCCAUUACCGUUAAUAAUAAUAAUAAUAAUAAUAAUAAUAAUAAUGAUAUAAUAGGGUAUAGGUGGAGGGGGACUAGGAGAGGUGGAGAGAGAUGAACCAGAAGAAGGAAUCAAGAUGGGAAAUAAAUGUGGAAUAUAUAAGAAUCUAAAAUGUGGAACAGGUGGAGAAAUGAGGGAGAAAAGGGAAGGACCAGAGAAGUAUGAAAGAGAAAGAUAAUGAAGGAAAUGGUACGGAAGGAAGGAAGGAAGGAUGAAGGAAGAAAUAGGUUAGUAAAUGUUUCCUCUCCUCCCUUAUGAAAACACACAGAAGUAAGUAAAGAAGGAAGGAAGGAAAGGAGAAAGAAAGAAUGGAAGGAAAGAAAGGGAAGGAAGGGAAUGAAUGAAUGAAGUAAGGAAGGAAGGAAGGAAAGGAGAAAGAAAAAAGGAAAGGAAAGGAAAGAAGGGAAUGAAUGAACGAAGGAAGGAAGGAAGGAAAGGAGAAAGAAAGAAAGGAAGGAAGGAAAUGGAGUGAAGGAAGGAAGGAAGGAAGGAAAGAGAGAGGGAGGGAGGUAGAGAGACAUGGAAGGAAGGAAGGAGAGGAAAGGAAAGAGAGAGGGGAGGCAAGAUGUAGUGGAAUGGGUAGAGUAAUGGGGAAAUUAAGGGAGGAUUAUGAGAGAAAUAAGGGAGGAAAAGGAGAAAAGAAGCAUAAUUUCUGUAAUGUAUAAGUGUGUAUAUAUAUGUGUGUGUGUGUGUGUGUGUGUGUGUGUGUGUGUGUGUAGGAGGAUGUGUGGUGGGCAUGGCUGUGAAAUGGGUGACAUGGACGCAUAGCCUUGCCAUGGAGGUUGAGAGGGAGGGAGGCGUUGGAAAGCUGCACAAAGGGACAAUUGUGUUGCUGUACAAAGGGAGGGGAAGUAGGAAGGGAAUAACACUUUAAAGGGAAUAUUAGGCUUACUGUGUGUGUGUGUGUGUGUGUGUGUGUGUGUGUGUGUGUGUGUGUGUGUGUGUCAAGGUGUAGGGAAGGGUUGUAGAGGAGAGGAGGAGGGACAUGACUGAUGAAGGUGUAGGGAAGAGACGUGUGGCUGAGGGAUGCGGCCAGGUCAGAGGGAAGGAUGACAGGGAUGGUGUGGGUGGGUGUGGCAGCCGUGGGUUCAGGCACACUGUGUGUACGGGAGUCCCGGCAUGAUCACAGUACAACAUCCUGAAUCUCAGUACAAGGACAGUUACUCAGUUUCACAGCUGAGUGAGCCCAGGAAGGAGUACCUCUGUGCUGUACUGGAAGCCCAGUACAAGGACCUUUAUCUGAUUUAACCUGAAGAUUUUUAUGCUUUUGUGCUUUUGACAAGUGUCAAACUGCCAAGUCCUCCUUGACCUGGCCACCUGACAUGACCCCAGUGUGACUUAAGCCCAGGCCACCUGGCACACACCUGUGUCAGCCCCUCACCCCGGCCUCACCCCCACCAGGCAGGGCAUCAAACACACACCAGACACACACACCUUGGCUCCUGUACUUGACUGUACUUGAACCUACUCAUAAAAUUGUUGAUUCUUGAAGCACAACUACAAAUACUGAGAUACUUUUGACCCUGAGUACAAGUACAAGUACAUUAUUUUUAGUACUUCAGUAGAGUACAAGCAGGAGCACACGUCCUUGGCCGGGCCUGGUGUGUGGGGGAGGGGGGGGGUGCUGGGGGCAUCACAGGGAGGGACGCUGGCAGGGUGUGGACACAUGCAAGAGAGGAUAAAGAUGCUGAGUAAUAAUAAUAGAUAACAAACAAAGAUAUAUAAUGAUAAUAAUAGGUGUAGUUUACAAGUUAUAAAUGAUUGCUUAUAUAAUCCGUCCAUUGCUAACGAUCUAUAUUUACACCUGUGACCAUUGAAGGUGUACUAUGAAAAAAAUUAUCAGUAUUGUCAACAGGUGUAUUUAGAGGUUUAAUUAAGAUAAACUGAGGUGGUAAUUAUGUAUAUAGACUUGUUGAUUAUGUGAAGGCUUUAAAUUAAUGUGUGUCUGUCUGUCUGUUGGUCUGUUCUCUCUCUCUCUCUCUCUCUCUCUCUCUCUCUCUCUCUCUCUCUCUCUCUCUCUCUCUCUCUCUCUCUCUCUCUCUCUCUCUCUCUCUCUCUCUCUCUCAUACAUCAUUCUCCCCCCCCCUUACCUCCCUCUCCCCCCUCUCUCUCCCCCCCCCUUUCUAAUCCCCCUUCACCCCACUAUUUCACCCCCUCAUUUUCUCUCACCCCUCCUCCUCCUAUCACCCCUUCAUCACCCCAAACCCCCCUUCCCUCGCCCCCCCAAACUCCAUCACCCCACAAUCUGAGCUCCAAUACACCCCCAUAUCAUCACCCUCAUCACCCCCAUUGUCACCCCUUCACCCCAUCUUUAUCACCCCCAUAUGUAUAUACUCCCCAUCACCCCAUCAUUUCCCAUUACUACCAUCAUCACACCUCUCUCCCAUUUCAGGCCAUCACCCCCCACCCCAUUGAUCAUCACCCCCUUCACCCCAUCACCCCACUUACCCCAAUACUUACAUUAUAACCCCCAUCACCCCAUCACCCCCCUCUCCCCUUGCAGGCCAUCACACCCCACCCCAUCGAUCAUCACCCCCCUCACCCCAUCACCCCACUUACCCCAUUACUUCCAUUAUAACCCCCAUCACCCCAUCACCCCCCACACCCCCCUCUCCCAUUGCAGGCCUUCACCUACCGGGUACUGGAGAGUAAGGUGGCGGCGGCGGGGGGGGCGGCCGGGGGGGAGGCGGGGGGGGCAGCGGGGGAAGGCCUGGACCCCGCCCCCCCCAGCCACGACCCCCCCAAGAAGAUAUCCAAGUUUAGGGCCGCCAGGAUGAAGAAGUAGUGUGUGUGUGCGUAUGUUGGUUGACGCGCACACGGCAGGGUUGGAGAGACGCACACACUGAUUAGUAACGCACAUGAAGCUUUACGUGGUACACACACACCACCACGCCUAUACGUACACAGGUCUAUGUAUGUGUGUACAUAUGUGCGUUUCUCUGUGCGUACAUAGAUUUAAAUACAUACAUACGCACAUAGACAUGCUUCCGUACAUAUACACAUACACACAUACAAAUAUUUACGCACACAAGUCUUGUAUACGCACAUGCAUACAUACACACAAAUACGUACACACACGCACACAAGCAUUUUUAGAGCAAUAAUACCCUCCCCUUCACCCCCCUUCACCCCACUUCACCCCACUUCACACCCCUUCACUCCCCCUUCACUCCCCCUUCACCUCACCCCACACUCACCCCCCACAUGCUCUCUCUCUCUCUCUCUCUCUCUCUCUCUCUCUCUCUCUCUCUCUCUCUCUCUCUCUCUCUCUCUCUCUCUCUCUCUCUCUCUCUCUCUCUCUCUCUCUCUCUCUCCUUCUUUCCCUUCCCUUCCCUUCCCCUUCCCUUCCCUUCCCUUCCUUUCCCUUCCCUAAAACGCUUUCAAUGUGUAUAAAUAGUUUAAUAUAAGGUUCUACUACUACUACUACUACUACUACUACUACUACUACUACUACUACUACUACUACUACUACUACUACUACUACUACUACUACUGCUGCUACUACUAUUGCUACUACUGUUAAGUAUAUAUAUAUAUGAUUUUUUAUUUUUUUUUAUUUUUUUUUUAUUUUUUAAUACACGCACACACACACACUCACUCACACACACACACACAGACCAUGUUAUGUAGUUAGUAUUGUGUGUGUGUAUGUGUGUGUGUGUGUGUUUGUGUGUGUGUGUAAGUUCAAGUAAGUAUACAUCAUGAAAAAUUCCAUGUGCGUUUGUGUAUACCUAGUGUGUGUGUGUGUGCGUGUGUGUGUGUGUGUACGUUUUCAGUUCACAUGCACAAAUAAGUAAGAUAUUUAAUUAUUUAAGUUUAUGUUUAAAAUUUGUGCUGAAGAUCAUAAUUCUUUGUAUAAUUUAACAUAAGAAGAAGGAGGAGGAGGAGGAGGAAGAGGAAGACAAAGAAGAGAAGAGAGGAGGAAGAAGAAAAAAAAACAAUGAUAUAUACAGAAAUAAACAGACAUGAGAGAUAAAAGAGAGAGCGAGAGAGAACCAGGUGAAGGGAUGAUCCUGGGAAAGGCCUGGAGUCUGAGGGCCAAGUGUGAGGUGUGCGUCAUUUUUUCUUUUAUAGCUAAAGAAACGGCUCAAGGCAACAAAAAAAGGCGUAUAAUAAAAGCCCGCUAAAAAAAGCCCUUUGAAGCUGUUGGCACACGGCAUGUCUGACUCUGUGGAUAGCAUGUGAAGCCCACAGGAAAUGGUUAUCAAUGUCAAUAAUACGUAGCGAUGAUGAUGAGGACUAGCGAUUAAAGUUGAUUUUGAGUUACUACAGUCCUGGCUCGUCCCUCUGGUGUGAGAAAAAUACAUCUAUGAGAGUAUUAACCCAGUAGCAGCGCUGGGACAAAUUUGUGUAACAGUAAACUAUCAAUCAAUCUUAUUCUCCGAGAAGUAAAUAUAGGCGUGUGUAACUUCUCCAUAGCAGUGAACAUGAUAUAGCUAUGUCCAUUCUCCCUUGUGAACUAAUGGAUGUGUAUUUCGUAGUAGUGAACAUGUAAAUGGUUAUCACUGUCAAUAACGUGCAGCGAUGAUGAUGAGGACUGGCGAUUAAAGUUGAUUUUGAGUUAGCACAGUCCUGGCUCGUCCCUCUGGUGUGAGAAAAAUACAUCUGUGAGAGUAUUAGCCCAAUAGCAGCGAUGGGACAAAUUUGUGUCUUUACCGUGUACCAGCGACGGGCCAAAUUUUUUGCCAUGAUAUAAACCCCCCAAAAUAGAUGAUGCAUAAACUGAUCACAAAUGCGUCGAUAUAUAUUAUGAAAUGGUUUGCGUGAGUGAUGAUUUUUUGCCAUUUUUCUCGCUUUGAGGGACCAUUAAGAAACAUGAUCCCCGCAGCUUCCUUGUUAAAUAUCCCAAAAUCCCUCUGAUAACGACCAUGUCCAUAUUUUCCUGUUAGUGCCUACAUAUAUGUCCGUGCCUGUCCCUGAAUUUCUCUUAUAUGUCCUUGUAGUUUUUAAAUCCCUAUGCAAACACUCAUGUCCUUAAACUUCCCUAAAUCCCUCUGUCAACGUCUCUGUCCGUGAAACAUGAUCCCCGCAGCUACCACCGGGUUGAUACGUAAUUCGAAACUCAAAAUUGACUAUAAUUGAUGGUAUUCGCUGUCGCCGCCGUUGCAUAUUCUGACACUUAUGACUGUUUCCCAUGCGUAGGCUAUCAUAUAUUAUCCAUGAAAUCAGAUACGGCAUGUGAGAGCAGGUUGCCAUUCGCUGUUCCCGCUGCAUAUGAUAGACACGACUGUUUCCCAUGCGUAGGCUGUCAUAUAUUACCCAUGAAUUCAGAUACGGCAUGUGAGAGCAGGUUGCCAUUCGCUGUUCCCGCUGCAUAUAAUUGACAUUUACGACUGUUUCCCAUGCGUAGGCUAUCAUAUAUUAUCCAUGAAUUCAGAUACAGCAUGUGAGAGCAGGUUGCCAUUCGCUGUUCCCGCUGGAUAUGAUAGACAUUUACGACUGUUUCCCAUACGUAAGCUAUCAUAUAUUAUCCAUGAAAUCAUAUACCCCACGUGACAUCAGGUUGCCAGCCAGCGUUCGACAAUGCACACCUCAGACUUGGUAUCCGGGACUAUGGGAACAUGUCGACACCUUCGUAAACAAACCGCCUAUGUCAUUAUUUUCAGGAAAUCGGAAAAGAACUGUCAGUAUCUCAUUUGGCUUAAGAUUUAGGGAGAAAUGAAAAGGCUAAUUCUAGGACACUCGAACCCUGAAUGACGAAGGCAGCUCGACAAAAAUGGGCGUCACAUGAAAAAUUAAUAUAGGCAAAAACCAGGAAAUAGCGGAAAAAUUACUUAGGCGAUUAUUUGAAGAGGCUGAUGAUUUAUAUACGUAUGCCUGAUAAUAUUAAUGAACGAGGAUACAUGAAAGUGAGCGAAUAAGGAGAUAGAAAAACAUAGAUAAAAAAAAAGUUAGAAAGAGAAAACAGAAUCUUAUAUUUUCUCAUUUUUUCAUCUCCCGUUUCUUACAAAAAAAAAAAAAAAUACAUGUGAUAGAAAUGAUAGUAAUACUGAUAAUGAUAGGACACUAGCAGUAGUAAUAAUAAUAAUAACAGUAAUGAUAGUUUUAGUAAUAGUGAUGUGUAAAUAGUUCAUAGUAUAAUAGUAAUAAAAAUAAUAAUAAUAAUAAUAAUGCAAUUCUCAUAUCCAAUAGUUUAUGACCUUAUUCACCGACCUUCCUCCCCUCGCCAAAUUACUCCGAAUCAAACUUAGUAAUUUAAAUGCAGUUACGUAUAUAAGUGAAUCGGACUAAAAUAUAUAGAAUUACACCCGUUUUUCCCUAAGUUUACGACGUUAUUCACUGACCUUCCUCCCCUCGCCAAAUUACUCCGAAUCAAACUUAGUAAUUUAAAUGCAGUUACGUAUAUAAGUGAAUUAGGCUAAAAUAUAUAGAAUUACACCCUCAUACCCCAAAGCUUAUGACCUCAGGCACCGACUUCCCCCACUUGCCAAAUUUCUCCGAAUCAAACUUAGUAAUUUAAAUGCAGUUACGUAUAUAAGUUAAUUAGGCUUAAACAUAUAUAAUUACACCCAUUUUUUUUUACUCCUAGGUGUUACGACUUUGCCAAAUUCUAUCACAUCAAACAUUAGACCUCCAAAAUAGGCUCCAUAAGUAUAUAUUGCACCCCAUUCUCUGUGAUUUUAGGCCUAUUACCUUUCUUAAAUUGAAUUAAGGUGAAUGUUUAAAUUUAUCGUAUUAGUAAUUUUGGCUAUAAAAAGAUAUUACACCACAGUUUCCUUGCUCCUCUGUGGUACGUCUUGAUCAAAUUGAAUUAAAAUGAGGUUUUACUGAUACGUUACGCUCAAAGAGUAUAUAUUCCACCCCAGCUUCUAUUAUCUUUCAGGCGCUAUACCUUUACGAAAUUGAAUCAGAGCAAACGUUAAAAUUGUUGUGGUAUCAGUGAAUUACGAAAAGAGAUGAUAUUGUAGCCCAGUUUAUCGAAUAUUGAAUCAAAUUGUACGUUUUAAAUUGUUACGUAUAUCGGAAAGUCAGGCUAAGAGGCAUAUAUACAUUGCACCCUGUUUUAUAUGAUAUUAGGCGACCUACCUUAGCAGAAUUGGACCAGGUUGAACGUUUAAAAUUGUUACGUAUAUCAGAAAGUCAGGCUGAAGAGAGAUCUAUUCAUUGCACCCCCUUUUCUAUGAUAUUAGGCGACCUACCUUAGCAGAAUUGGACCAGGUUGAAUGUUUAAAAUUGUUACGUAUAUCAGAAAGUCAGGCUAAGAGGCAUAUAUACAUUGCUCCUUGUUUUCUAUGAUAUUAGGCGACCUACCUUAGCAGAAUUGGACCUGGGUGAACGUUUAAAAUUGUUAUGUAUAUCAGAAAGUCAGGCUGAAGAGAGAUCUAUUCAUUGCACCCCCUUUUCUAUGAUGUUAGGCAACCUACCUUAGCAGAAUUGGACCAGGUUGAACGUUUAAAAUUGUUAUGUAUAUCAGAAAGUCAGGCUAAGAGGCAUAUAUACAUUGCUCCUCGUUUUCUAUGAUAUUAGGCGACCCACCUUAGCAGAAUUGGACCAGGUUGAACGUUUAAAAUUGUUACGUAUAUCAGAAAGUCAGGCUGAAGAGAGAUCUAUUCAUUGCACCCCGUUUUCUAUGAUAUUAAGCGACCUACCUUAGCAGAAUUGGACCAGGUUGAAUGUUUAAAAUUGUUACAUAUAUCAAAGUCAGGCUAAGAGGCAUAUAUACAUUGCACCCCGUUUUCUAUGAUAUUAGGCGACCUACCUUAGCAGAAUUGGACCAGGUUGAACGUUUAAAAUUGUUACGUAUAUCAGAAAGUCAGGCUGAAGAGAGAUCUAUUCAUUGCACCCCCUUUUCUAUGAUAUUAGGCGACCUACCUUAGCAGAAUUGGACCAGGUUGAACGUUUAAAAUUGUUACGUAUAUCAGAAAGUCAGGCUAAGAGGCAUAUAUACAUUGCACCUCAUUUUCUAUGAUAUUAGGCGACCUACCUUAGCAGAAUUGGACCAGGUUGAAUGUUUAAAAUUGUUACGUAUAUCAGAAAGUCAGGCUAAGAGGCAUAUAUACAUUGCACCCCGUUUUCUAUGAUAUUAGGCGACCUACCUUAGCAGAAUUGGACCAGGUUGAACGUUUAAAAUUGUUACGUAUAUCAGAAAGUCAGGCUAAGAGGCAUAUAUACAUUGCACCCCGUUUUCUAUGAUAUUAGGCGACCUACCUUAGCAGAAUUGGACCAGGUUGAACGUUUAAAAUUGUUACGUAUAUCAGAAAGUCAGGCUAAGAGGCAUAUAUACAUUGCUCCUCGUUUUCUAUGAUAUUAGGCGACCUACCUUAACAGAAUUGGACCAGGUUGAACGUUUAAAAUUGUUACGUAUAUCAGAAAGUCAGGCUAAGAGGCAUAUACACAUUGCACCCCGUUUUCUAUGAUAUUAGGCGACCCACCUUAGCAGAAUUGGAUCAGAUUGAGUAUUUAAAACUUAUAUAUUAGUAAAUUUGUCUAAAAAAAUUGAAAAAAACUAUAAUUGCACCCCAUUCUUUAAUCUCAGGCACUGUAUUAUGCUACCUACCUUAACAGAACUGGAUCAGAUUGAGUAUUUAAAAUUGAUAUAUUACUAAAUUUGUCUAAAACUAUUAAAAAAAAACUAUGUUGCACCCCAUUCUUUAAUCUCAGGCACUGUACCAGGCGACCUUCCUUAACAGAAUUGGAUCAGAUUGAGUAUUUAAAACUGUUAUAUUACUAAAUUUGUCUUGGAAAAAAUAUAUAUCGCACCCCAUUCUCUGUAACCUCAGGCACCGUACCCUUAACAGAAUUGGAUCAGAUUGAGUAUUUAAAAUUGUUAUAUUACUAAAUUUGUCUUGGAAAAAAUAUAUAUCGCACCCCAUUCUCUGUAACCUCAGGCACCGUACCCUUGCAGAAUUGGAUCAGAUUGAGUAUUUAAAAUUGUUAUAUUACUAAAUUUGUCUUGGAAAAAAUAUAUAUCGCACCCCAUUCUCUGUAACCUCAGGCACCGUACCCUUAACAGAAUUGGAUCAGAUUGAGUAUUUAAAAUUGUUAUACUGAUAUUAAAUUAGGGUAAAAAAAAGAUAUAUUGCACCCCUCUAAUCUCCCCCUCCCCUCUAAUCUCCCCCUCCUCUCUAAUCUCCCCCCUCCCCUCUAAUCCCCCCUCUCCCCUCCCCCAUAGUUAUUCUCCCCUCUCCCCAAAUACAACUUGACCUCACAAAAUAAAAAUCAAAUAAAAUGUUCAAUAAAAUAUAAUAUAGCUAGAUUUAGACAAUACUACCCCCCCCAACGCCCUCCGACCCCCCCAAUAAAAAAAGAGUAGCAUUCAUAUUCGCCUGAAACUUCUAUAAAUGGAGAUAAAAAUGAAAAAAAAGGUCAGGAGAAUAAAUUAGAGAAAAAAUAUAUAUAACUAGACUUAGACAAUACUACCCCCCACCCCCCCCUCCGACCCCCCCAGUAAAAAAAGUAGCAUUCAUAUUCGCCUGAAACUUCUAUAAAUGGAGAUUAAAAUGAAAAAAAAAAAAGCGAGGAGGAGAAUAAAUUUGAGAAAAUAUAUAUAACUAGACUUAGACAAUACUACCCCCCACCUCCCCCACCCCCGACCCACCCCCCUGAACCCCCCACACUAAAAGAAAAUAAUAUAGUAAUUUGUAUUCUUGUCAACUUAUAUAUAUAUUCCUACACUUCUUGUUAUAUAAAUUACAGUAACAAAUCCGUAGAGUAGGCUUCGAUAAGUGUGUGUGUAUGUUUGUGUGUUUGUGUGUUUGUUAGUAGAUUUACGGCGAGUGUCUUGUUCAGGGUAAGGAAGGAAGGAAGGAAGAAAGGAAGGAAGGAAGGAAGAAAGGAAGGAAGGAAGUGAGGAAGAGUUAGAGGAGAGAAAGGAGAAGGAAGGAAAUGAGAGAGGAAGGAAGGAAGAAAGGAAAGGAAAGGAAAGGAAGGAAGGAGAGAAGGAAGGAAGGAAGGAAGGAAGGAAGGGAAGUAAGGAAAUGAGGAAGAGUUAGAGGAGGAGAGAAAGGAGAAGGAAGGAAAUGAGAGAGGAAGGAAGGAAAGAAGUUAGAAAGGAAGGAAGUAGGGAAAGGAAGGAAGGAAAGAGGGAAGGAAGGAAGGAGGGAAAGAAGGAAUAUGGGAAGAAAAACUUGAUAGACAGUUAGAAAAGAAAAAAAGAAAGAAUAGAUUAAAAGGAUAGAAAGAAAGAAAGCAAGCAAGAUAAAGAUAAUUAGAGAAAGAAAAAGAAAAGGAACCAAGGAAUGAGAGAAAGCGUAAAAAGUUUAAAAUCUUGUCGAACUUACCUCUUAAAAAAUCUCCUUGUGGUAUCGUACGAAAACAGAACCUUAGAGAGUGAUAGUCAAACCAGUGUGUGUAUUAGAGGCGUACUUAGAAGUGUGUGUGUGUGUGUGUGUGUGUGUGUGUGUGUGUGUGUGUGUGUGUGUGUUCCGGGUUCAAUACUAAUAAGGUUUUUGCUCAAGUAUUUGUGACAGGACGUACGCACUAACAAACAAAACUGAUCUUGUAUAUCUUGUUAUUAUUAUUAUUUUUUUUUAUUACUAUUAUUUGGAGUCGUAAUAGUAGUAGUAUUAGUAGUAGUAGUAGUGGUGGUGGUGGUAGUACAUAGCUUUUUUUUUUUUUUUUCUAUAUAGUUCAAAUCGUGUUCAGUUCUCGUACAUAUAUCGACGCUGAUGAUGACGGCUGAUGGUUACGAUGAUGAUGAAAGAAAAGGAAGGAGAGGAGGUUCAGAACUUCAGUGUCUCCUGGGUUCGAUUCCCGGGCGGAGUGGAAAAAUUUGGGCGGCUUUUCCGAUACCCUACGCCCCUGUCCACCCAGCAGUGAAUGGGUACCAGGUAUUAAUCGGGGGUUGUGUCCCGUCUCCUGGGAUCUGUUUCCUUCUCCUAUAAUUCCUUCCUCUCCUGUCUCUCUCCGGCAUAUGACCACAGAUGUUGCGCCGACUAAACGAAACUUUCCAAAGAGAUCGACGCGUGUUUGCCCGUACGGCGAGACAGGAAAUUACAACCCAGCCCGUCCCGUAGGGGUUAAUAUGGUAAACUAUGAUAUUUUGGAGAAGAUGGAUAAAGACAGACAGAUAGACGGAGAGAAUUAAAAAGAGAGAAAGAGGGAUUGAAGGAGAAGCAAAAAACAUCAUCAUCAUCAGCCAUCAUCUUCAGCGAAUUCGUUCCUCUAAUUUUCGUAACGUUCGUAUUUUUUUUUAGUACAACAGUGGCCGAUGACUAUUAUUAUUAUUAUUAUUAUUAUCAUUAUUAUUAUUAUUAUUAUUAUUAUUAUUAUUAUUAUUAUUAUUAUUAUUAUUAUUAUUAUUAUUACCCUUCGUUUGGUUUCUGUAGUAAUUAAUAAAAAUGUUUGGCUAUACGAAUUAAACUAGAUAUCAAUAAUGUGUAUAAUGUAUGUUCAGUAUGUGUUAUUAUUAUUAUUAUUAUUAUUAUUAUUAUUAUUAUUAUUAUUACUAUGGGUCAUUUUCUCUCUUUCUCUCUCUGGUCUAUAUGAAAAAAAGUAAUUAAUAUUUCUGUAAUUUAAGUUUGUAUCAUUAUUAUUAUUAUUAUUAUUAUUAUUAUUAUUAUUAUUAUUAUUAUUAUUAUUAUUAUUAUUACUAUUGUCUUCCUCUUCAUUAUAUCUCCUCCAAAUGUGUAUAAUAUGUGACAUGGUUUGUAUUUUUUUAUUAUUAUUAUUAUUAUUAUUAUUAUUAUUAUUAUUAUUAUUAUUACUAUUAUUACUAUUGUCUUCCUCUUCUUCAAAUCUCCUCCAAAAGUGUGUAUAAUCUGUGACAUAAUCUAUAGUUCCUUCCCAUUACUAUUAUUAUUAUCAUUAUUAUUAUUAUUAUUAUUAUCAUUAUCUCUAUUCUCGUCAUUAUCAUCGGUGUCUUCCCAUUCCUCCUUUCUCCCCGUGCGUGUAUAAGAGUUUUGUGCCUUUCCGAGUAACGCUGUUUUGUCGCGCGUGUAUAGCAAACAAACAAACAAACAAACAAACAGGUCCGUUCCGGCGCUUAUAGACCCAUGGGAAGCAGCGACUCGAUGACCUUAUACUAUGGCGAUGGGGGGUGGGGGGUGGGGGUGGGGGGGUCGCUAUAUUCUAUCCUAUUCCUAUAUAUCCUAUCAUGAAUAAUGCAUAACCUAUCCUAUUCCUACAUUCUCUACCAGCAGAAAAACACAUCAGUUCAGGGUAAAGUGUAAAGUAUGCACAGUGAAGUAUUUAAGUGUAUGGUGUGAAGUACGGAAGUGUUGAGGAGUACCUAAGAGGUGAUACAAAGCUGAACAGGUCAAAAGAAGAAGAAGAAGAAGAACCUAUAGCCUAUACCCAUGUCGUAUAUCUAUAUCCUAUCGUACACCUUUUUCUUCACCCGUACCCAGAUCUGCCCCUCUAAACCCGUUCUUCCUGUGCCUCUUCUUCUGUGACUUAUUCCCAUGGAGGUAGAAUCGGUGGAGUCAACAUCAGCUUAACCCGGUAGCAGCGAUGGGCCAAAUUUGUGGCUUUACCGUGUACCAGCGAUGGGCCAAAUUUGUGGCUUUACCGUGUACCAGCGAUGGGCCAAAUUUGUGGCUUUACCGUGUACCAGCGACGGGCCAAAUUUGUGGCUUUACCGUGUACCAGCGAUGGGCCAAAUUUGUGACUUUACCAUGUACCAGCGACGGACCAAAUUUCUGCCAUGAUAUAAACCUCCCAAAAUAGAUGAUACAUAAACUGAUCACACAUGCAUUGAUAUAUAUAUUAUGAAAUGGUUUGCGUGAGUGAUGAUUCUUUCUCAUUAUUUUACUUAGAGGGGCCUUUAACGUAACCUAAUCUAACCUGACCUAAGAAACAUGACCCCCGCAGCCACCAGGUUAAGUGAAUCCGGCAGAGCUGUCAUUCUUACGGCCAGGUGUCAGGUGUUGUCAGGUGUUGUCAGGUCAAGCUCUCUCUCAGUGGGCUCGGCCAGGCUCACCCACCCCCAUCUUCGUUCGUUGGCUUCACCUCAAUGAAUGGGAUCUGCAGGCCGUGUCAACUCCACCAAUUCUACCUCCAUGCCUAUUCCAAUUCUCCUGUCACAUAAUUCCACUGCACUGCCGGCAUUUAAAUAUUCCGCCAAAGGGGAUUGAAGCGCUGUUUUUCCACUGGUCGCUGGAACGGACGCGGGGACGAACCAACAUAUCAACACUUCGUAAUCGCUGUUAUUAUUAUUACUACCAUUAUUUCUAUCAUUAUUAUCAUUACUAUUAUUAUUAUUAUUAUUAGGUUUGUUGUUCUCUUAUAUGUGUGUGUGUGUGAGGAAGGAGAGGUACCGUACAUAGUUUUAAGUGAUUUCGUUGUUAAGUUAAAUAAUAUCUAUAUCAACCACCAGCUUGUAAUGCCAAACUCUAGGAGAUAUAAAUGAUAAUAAAAUGAUAAACAAGAUGGA